UGUCAUGCGGAAGUGGGUCAGCUGAUUGCUGUGAUAGGUGCUCAGCUGGGCUCAGUCUCACAGCCUUAUCAGUCCGUCAGGAUGUGCUUUUAUCUGUGCUUCUUUUCGGCGUUUCCCCCCUCAGUUUGAAAGCGGAGCGGCUCAUGUUGGCUGUCGCUCUUUGGGCCCGUUUAUUGGGUUAGCUGGCAAGAAGUUACCGCUCGGAGCAUCCUGCUAGCAUAGCAGCUAAAUCAGCUAGAAGACUGGAGGUGAGGAUUGCAGUCAUCUAACAUGGCAGGUGGAAUCACAGAAACCGGAGAGCCCUACUCUCCAUUUGUGGGGCUGGUGUACAUGUUCAACCUGAUUGUGGGAACAGGAGCCCUGACCAUGCCCAAAGCCUUCGCCGCAGCCGGUUGGGUGGUCAGCUUGUCGCUCAUCGUCUUUUUAGCAUUCAUGAGCUAUAUGACAACCACUUUUGUGAUUGAGGCGAUGGCGGCGGCCAAUGCUCAGCUGCGUUGGAAGAGAAGAGAGCAGGAAGAGACGGACGACAGCGACUCCACGUCCGACUAUUCGGAUGACGAUUCGGGUCGAGGUCGGUCGGAACCGGAAACGAAGCCCAUCCUGUCUGUCCAGAGGUCGGGUCACGAUCACUUCGACAUCGUGGAGCGGGUCGAGAUGGGUCAAAUGGCCUCCAUGUUCUUCAACAAAGUCGGAGUCAACAUGUUCUACAUCUGCAUCAUUGUCUACCUGUACGGCGACCUGGCCAUCUACGCUGCCGCCGUGCCCAUUUCGCUCAUGGAGGUCGCCUGCGGGAAUCACUCCUGCAGCGCCGGCAGUGUGAAGUACAACGACACCGACGCCUGCUGGGGCUCCGUCACCAGGAAGGACGCCUACAGGGUGUUCCUGAGCGUGUUCACCCUUCUGCUGGGGCCUUUCACCUUCUUCAACGCCCAGAAGACCAAAUAUCUUCAGAUUCUCACCUCACUCAUGCGUUGGAUCGCUUUCACCAUGAUGAUCGUCUUGGCUCUGAUCCGGAUCGGUAAAGGAACGGGCGAGGGCCACCCUCCGGUCGCCAGCCUCUCCGGAGUGCCCAACCUGUUCGGCGUGUGCGUCUACUCCUUCAUGUGCCAGCACUCCCUGCCCUCCCUGGUGACGCCCAUCUCGGAUAAGAAGCGGGUCGGCAGCCUGGUUCUGGCCGACUACGUCCUCAUCCUGGGCUUCUACGUCCUGCUGUCAUUCACCGCCAUCUUCUGCUUCGACAGCUCGCUGCUGCACGACAUGUACACCCUGAACUUCACUGACAACUGCGACGUGUUGGACAUCCCGGUGCUACGCUACUUCCUGGGCUUGUUCCCCGUCUUCACCAUCAGCACCAACUUCCCCAUCAUCGCCGUGACGCUGCGCAACAACUGGAAGACGCUGUUCCACCGGGACGGCGGCACCUACCCGUGGGUGGUGGACCGGGUCGUGUUUCCCCUCAUCACCCUGGUGCCGCCCAUCGUGGUGGCUUUCUGCACGCACAAUCUGGAGACCCUGGUGGGGAUCACAGGGUCGUACGCGGGGACUGGGAUCCAGUACGUCAUCCCGGCGUUCCUGGUGUUCUUCUCCAGGCGCCACCUGGAGCCCGUGAUGGGCAGAGACGCCGUCAACAAGCACCGCUCCCCGUUCCGCCAUGCCGUCUGGGUGUGGUUCGUGUUGUUGUGGGCGGCGUUCUGCCUCAUGUUCGUCACCGCCAACAUCAUCCUGACUGAGACGAAGAAAUAAGAACCACUUGGAAAAAUCUACGACUGUUGGCCAUUUUUCUAGGUUGUCGAGGCCUUAGCUGCUGCUGGGCGGACUGUGCCUUUUUUAACCAAAC